GUCUUGCGAAGUAUACUACAUACUGUGUGCAUGUGUUGUUUUCUAUGGUUGCGACACCAGCAUGGCUCUCGGAAACGAUGUUCCGUACGUUAGUACUACUGAAGAAAUUCAUUCCAGCUGUUGGACUAAAACAAGAAAAAUAUUUUCACCUUUAUUUACGAUAUCUUUCCUGAAGGUUUUCCUUGGAGGCCAAGCGUUAUCCUUGCUCAUCUGUGGCACAGGGGUCACCAGCCAGCUCCUGAACGACAGUCAUGGAAUCAACGCCCCCACUACCCAAAGCUUUGCAAACUAUCUUCUCCUGGCGCUGGUGUACUGCACCCUAUUGUGCCUGCGCAAGACCAGGGAGAAGAACUUUUACCACAUCUUCACCAAGCGAUGGUGGAAGUACAUUCUGAUAGCACUCGUAGAUGUGGAGGCAAACUACUUGGUGGUGAAGGCAUACCAGUAUACAACGCUUACAAGUGUCCAGCUGUUGGAUUGUAUCACCAUACCUGUGGUAAUCUUACUUUCGUUUCUCAUCCUGCGUACUCGCUAUCGCAUCAUUCACAUUGCUGGUGUGGUAACAUGCAUUGCUGGCCUUGGGGCUCUCAUUGGAGCUGAUGUACUUGCAGGCAGAGCUGGCGAUGGUACGGCCCAGAACAAGCUAUUGGGUGACAUAUUUUGUUUGCUUGGAGCAAGUCUUUACGGUGUCUCCAAUGUAGCACAGGAGUAUGUGGUCCGUCAGUAUACAAGAACAGAAUUCUUGGGCAUGGUCGGACUCUUUGGGACAUUUGUAUCUGGAAUACAACUGGUGGCUCUGGAGCGUCAAGAACUCGCCACCUUCUCCUGGGACAUUAAGGCGAUCCUGUUGCUCCUAGCCUUUGCAGCGUGUAUGUUCUGUCUCUAUUCUCUCUUCCCUGUGGUCAUCAAGUGGAGUAGUGCCACAGUGGCCAACCUGUCCAUCUUGACAGCUGAUAUGUACACCUUGUUCAUCGGGCUCUUCGUGUUCCAUUUUGUGUUUUCUGCGCUGUAUCUCUUUGGCUUUGGCCUCAUCUUCACUGGAGUGAUCAUCUACUCUCUCAAACCCACAAAGGACGCUCCUUCGGGACCAAGGUCAUACAGUCUGUUCCACAACAAUCAGUCAUCGGAAAACAUCACCCGCAUCAGCAUCCGAGAUGAUGACGAUACCGCCGAAGGGACGACGACAACCUUGACAGAUGGUGCCGACAUUGAAGGUGCAGCGCCGAGGGAUGACGAUACCGAGCAGUUACAUAAAGAAUUUAGCAAGAGUCUCAAUGGUGAUUCGAACUGAAGGAGAAGGUAACCUCACUCGCUUAGAGGUUGCCUUUUUUUUUCUUGUAUUCUUUUUGUAAGUUAUUAUUGAAUUUGUAAAAAAAUUAUUCCAUCUCUGCUUUGGCCGGCACGGCUGGAUUUGGACUAUGGAAAUGUGCAAGGUUUCAUGGACAUGGAAUUUGAAUGAACUUCUCUGUCAAAGCAAGAUCUGCAAUGAAUCCAUAAGCUGUGUAUCAUCCGCUGAAGGGAAAUCUGUGGAAGUGCCAAUGUUAAAAGAAAGCAGUUGCAAGAGAAACAUUUUCUCUAUGUAUCUACAUGUGAUCAUCUACCUGAUACAAAACUUCCAUUGGAGGGAUAAAGACUUGAAGAUAGCAAAAUAAUAUUUCAUUUGCUUGCUUCAGUGAUUGGAAAUGCCGGACUGUUGGGCCAAAAGGCAGCAAUGCUAUAUAUCAAAGCAUAUGGGUCCCUUUUACCACUAAAGUUCAAUUUUGUUCACUGUGAUAUAUAGUUAUAGAUUACUUCAUAAAAUUAAUCACAUUACCUUAUCAAUUUGCUUGAAUGAUACAUGUAUAUCCUCCAUACUACUUUCUCAUCUUUUCUGCCAAAAUGAUUCAUUCGAAAGUUAUAAUCAAUCAAGCGUAUGAUAUCACUUACAAUGACUGUACAAACCCAGUGCACUAUGAAGCAAAAUGCAGGCAGUUCUAUUUUCUACGAACUGCUGUGAGAGCUCAUUGAAUUGUCCUUGAAAAUGACAUUGAGGGCAAUUCCAUAAAGAAUAUACAUUCGACCCCCCCCCCCCUCAUCAGUUGACCUUCUUAUAAUGGAUUGGUUCUAUUUUCUAGUUCAUAUCCAUAUAAAAGGAUGUAAUGGUCUCAAACUAUCGUGCCUUGUAGAGUUAGUGGAGUUAUUGGAAGUAAGAGUGGAGUAAAAUGAAAGUAAAAUGGCUGAUGAUUUUAUGAAAUUUCCAUAGAGAAUUUAAUGUACAGUUGAGGCCAAAAAUUACAUACACCCAUGGAAUUCAGUGAAAUUUGUUCGCUUGCCAAACAUCGUAAAAUUUACUCUGUCUUCAGAAAUAUGGAUACUACUGUGACGAAUUUGGUAUUAAAUUAAAGAGGGUGUUAAAGAGAAUUCCAGUAGUUGCAGUAAACACUGAUUUCAUGAGAAAGUCUGUAAAACCAGGCUUAAUUGUCAGUAUAUCAUCGAGGAUCUAGAUCUGGUACAGUUACAUAAACUGAACUUUGUGAAAUCUUGAAAUCUACGCUGAAAAAUGUUCAGACUGAACUUCCCCAACACAGAUAAGCGCACGUGGGACUGUGUAUAAUUAUUGCUUUGAGCGAAUCCUGUGCUUAUUUGCUGAUUUCUCAGCAAUUACACAAUUUCUUCCAGAAUCCUUUGGCACAUGCGUUUUAUUUAUGCAAACAGACACUUUGGUGGUCAUUUCAUUGGAUUCUGUACGAACUCAUUUUGGUAUCGUUACCAAAACUAGCAUUUACCUUUAAGCUCUUUCACAUGAUUGGGAUGCAGUUGGGAUCAAAGUAUAUUUGAGAUGUCAUUUUUUUUUUUAAAGUGAUAUGCCAAAUGUAUUCUUUGUUUGUUAUUAUUCUUUCAAAUAUUUCAUCGAAAUAUAUAAAUGUCAAAUCUAUGAUUCAUAUUUCAUUUUCUAUCAUGAUAUGUCACCACUGAAUAAACAGUGUAAUCUGAAAUGUUUGUGUUGAGAAUGAGAAGUAACUAGCACAAAUAUGAAAUGUUUUUGUCAAGUUUUUAUAUUUUGAUUUGUCUAAAAUAUGAAGAUUUUUUUUUUUUGGGGGGGGGAGGGAAAUGACACCUAAACAUUCUUCAGCUCCUGAUGACAAAGCAAUGUAAUGAAGGAGCAUGACAUACUCAUUUGUUUGAUAUCAAAUUUGUCAUGAUAGCACAAAUAUUUUAUAAGAUACAGUAAAUUUUGUGAUGUUUGGCAAGUGUCAGAUUUUCUUUGAAUUUCCUGGGUGUAUGUAAACUUCUAGCCUCAACUGUACAUGAAAAUUUAUGACACUGUCAAAGGGGUAAUCAUGUUGAAAAAAUUCUUACUUUUUCUUUUGUUUGGGGAGAAAUUACUGUACAUUGAUAUCAUGCUGUAACCAUAUUGAUAUACAUGUAUAUCCCCUAUGUUAAUUGCACAGUUGGAAUAAUUAAUUGAGAAUGGUAUUUAAAUACUUAAAUAGUGGAGCGUUAUGGCCCAGUGGAUUAGUCUUCGGACUUUCAAACAGAGGGUCUUGGGUUCGAAUCCCAGCAAUGGCGUAAUUUCCUUCGGCAAGAAAUUUAUCCACAUUGUGCUGCACUCGACCCAGGUGAGGUGAAUGGGUACCCGGUAGGAUUUAUUCCUUGAAUGCUUUUGCGCCUAUAUAUGGCCGCUCAGCUACAGCCGGGGUAAUAAUAAUAUACCAAGUAUAUUUCAGCGCCUUGAGCACAUAAUCAAUGUGGAUUUGGCGCUUUAGAAAUACUCUAUAUUAUUAUUAUUAAAUUUCCUGCAACAGAUACGAAGAAGAGUUCUUGUGUUAUUUGACCUCAUUGGGAACAAUAUGUGGUCACAUACAUUGUAUGACAUAAAAGUCGGGAGGGGGCAGACCAGUGAGCUGCUUGAGUUACACUUCCCAUGCUUUCAAAGUAAUUGCUCAUUGGUAAUUAAUGUAGAUAUGGAUUUCUCAUAAAUUCCCAAUCAUGUUUUAGUAACCUGGGGGUGUUUCACAAAGAUUUAAGUGUGACUUAGAGUCGCACUUAAAUGCUGACGCGUACAUGAUACGCAAUGCGCAAGCUUAUUGAUCAAUAUGCAGUAGUGCGCAUCACUUUAGCACGAUCUGACCAAUGCGGUCUUGGCUUAUGAUAUGCGGUGCCCCACGCAACGAGGCAUUUAAGUGCGAAUCUAAGUCAUGCUAAAAUCCUUGAUGAAACUCCCCCCUGGUUUACUAGAUAGGAAUAUGUGUCUUAUUUUUCAGAUUUUAAGCAUUUUUUUCCUUAGCUACCUGGAGGCACUGAGUGGAGCCAGAUGAAGUAUUGGCAAACCUACCAGUACCACUGAUGUACAAACAGAAGCUUUUAGUCAUCUGACAUACAUGUACAUGUAUGUUAAACAUAAAUCUUGUGCUUUACGUCCACUGUGUUAGAAAAAGGUGAAUAGGUAUGGUUGCCUGUACAGAGAUGCCUUUCUCUUACUUUGUUUUACAUUAAUCUUUCAUUUUUUUGUACAUAAUUUGUCUGUACAUGAUUGUUUUUAAUCAUUUUAUAUGAUAUGAAUUUAUAUAACUAUACAGGAACAGUACAAGUAUUAUUCACAGCUCAAAUAUCAUUAGCAAUGUAUCAUUUAUUCACAGGUAGUUUGCAUAUUUUACAGUUUACAAUUUACAGAGAAUUAUAAAAAGAAUCAAAGAUUCUAACAUAAACAAAUCAUGCAGCCAUUUUGCACAGAUACAGUACCUGUAGGCAAUCAUUGAAACUAGUAUAUAAUAUAAGCUUUGUUAAAAUUGGUAUACUUAUUUUUGGCUCUGGAAUGUUGCUCUGAUUGUACAGAAAUAGUUACAAAUAUUACAUGAUUCAUGUAUUAUUAGCUAUUGGUCAUUUUGCAAAACAUCUCAAAGUGCAAAAACUUGAAACAUGUAUUCUCUUCUUUUUUUUUCUUGCUUUUUUUUUCUCAAUUUCUGUAUUCAAAUUCAAGUUUGAUCAGUUAAUGCUUUAUUAUAAAACAUCAUGCCAGAAGAUAUGUACCAAAAUAAAAUUGGCAUGUUCUCAUAUUAUCCAAGCCACUGAAAUGUUUCUGUGAAUGUACAAGAGAAGUAGAAUCUUUAUUUCUAUGUUGCUUGCCACCCAUUUAUUACCAUUUUUUUAGGUCUUGGUUUUCAUUUGAGUAAUAUUCAUGUUCAGCCAAUCGCUGAUACAACAGGGCCCCGUCUUACAAAGAGUUACGAUUGAUCCAAUCAUAUCCAAUCAAUCGUAACUUUAUGGAAAUCCAUCAGUGUCAUAAUUUUUUUUACAGAAAAUUUGCACAAUGUCCUUUGUAAACAAAGAGAAGCAUAAUGACAUUUAAAGAAAACAAUGAAUGCAUGAUGGCAUUUAAAGAAAACAAUGAAUGCAUUGUGGUCUAGUGGUUCUGACUCUUGCCUUUCAAUCAGAGGGUCAUGGGUUCGAAUCCCAACCAUGGCAUGUUUUCCUUCAGCAAGAAACUCAUCCACAUUGUGCUGCACUCGACCCAGGUGAGGUGAAUGGGUACCCGGCAGGAUUAAUUCCUUGAAUGCUUGUGCGCCUAGGCAGCCCAGCUAAAGCCGGGGUAAUAAUAGCAGGGCCCGCUGGGAGAACAGUUUUCGGAACUGAAGUGGCUACCCUCGGUAAAUAUACAGCUAUUAUUAGAAAAUAUUUUGAACAAACAUGCAUAAUAGAUGUUGACGUUGUUGCUGGCCGUCCAUAGUUGUGAUUGAUCGGAACAAUCGCAGCUCUUUGUAAGAUGGGGCCAUGAUGUUACAUAAUGUACAUACUACAUACAUGUUCAAGGUGGCAUUAUAAGUAACAAUUUAUCAUCAAAGCACUAAGAGUCUGUAUGUCUCACGCUUCAUAGUACAUUAACUUAUUCUUUUAUCUUGCUUCUUUUCAGUGUCAUUCAGGUUCAAAGUUUCAUAAGAGAAUGAAAGAAAAGGUUUGCACAAAGUAGACAUAUCAAGUAGAUAAUCAUCGAAGGCCCCUUUCACUGACCCAAAGGGCAACAUUUAAGUUGAAAAUUCUGGCUGUAAGGAAUUUGCUAAAUAUUAUGGUGGUAUCUGUCAAUUGCUCCCGAGCUGUUUGAUAGAAAUUUUGCAAGAAAACAACAAAAUCCCACCGAACUUAAAGUAAAUCCUUAAACAGUUUGUUUUGGUACCAACCUUAUCCACUAUACAAUUGAACAUACUUUAGUAAAGUAUGAUAACAGUGCUAGAUAUUGAAUCAAAUGUUGUAAUGUCCUUUUCAUUUAUCAUUUGCAUGUUCACAAAAAAAAUGUACAUCACUUGAGAGAAAAGAUUACGAUUUUCUUUAUAUUCAACUGUAGGAUCCUUAUUAAACUUGUUGGGUUUAUUAUCAAAACCCUAUUUCAUAAAAAAACACCUGCAUUUAUGAAAUAUAAAAAAAUAUAUUAUACAGUC